AGCUAGGACAACAGGCAUACACCACCAAAUCCCCAGCCCCAACCCUAUUUUUUUAAAUCAGUGAUUUAAACUGAUUUUCUAGAGCCCUUUUGAAUGGUCCUUGAUUCCUUCCUAUAUGCUAACUUUAGAACUUCCCACGCAUAAAAAGCCAAAGCCCCCACAUUCUCCAGCCUAGGUAACCCUUCUAUGACAAUGUCCUGGUCUAGUCACAACCCCACCCCCGCAUACGUCACGGUGUCCCGGGUGUUCUUAGUUCGCCCAGCGGUAGGCGGAGGGGCGCACUCAUUGCGGGAUGGGCGACUGGAAGGGCUUCAUCAGUGCGGUGCUGCAGGACCAGCGCAUCGACGACGUGGCCGUUGUGGGCCACUCGAACAAUCGUUGCGUGUGGGCGUCGCGGCCGGGGGGCCUGCUGGCUGCCAUCUCCCCGCAGGAGGUGGACUUGCUCACAGGGCCCGACCGGCACACCUUCCUGCAGACUGGCCUGUGCUUGGCGGGCCGCCGCUGCUGUGUCAUCCGUGACGGGCUGGACGGGCGCUCCGUCUGCAUUGGCCGCACACCGCGCGCGCUCCUCGUGCUCAUGGGUCGGCGCGGCGUGCACGGGGGCAUGCUCAACAAGAAGAUGCACAAGCUGAUCCGCGGGCUGUGCUUACAGGGCAUAUAGCAUGACAGACAGGCCACCCACAGUGACAGCGGGACCAGAAUAAACUGUGAACUGGGCGUCGUGGGCUCAUCCUCUGGUUGUGCGUGGGGAGUUGGCAAAUCAGGAAACUGGUUUAUGGGAAGAUCCUUGCAGGACAGUGUUUCUGGUGUGCUGGGUUCUAAAUCUAGUCUGCUCAGCAAUCUCCUAUGUAUGCCUUGCAGAGAGGCCUCUGGUCAAGUUCUGCUUCUUAGCGCUUUCCUGGGAUCCUAGGGGAACCCUCCCCACCAGCUAAGGAAGAAUCAAAAGGUGGGAUCCUUGUCAAACUCCACCGCAGACCUUAGCUAUCUCUUACAGAAAUCUCCACGCACCUAGGCGGGACAGUGAAAAGAGUCCCCUCCCAUCCUGCCAGCGCUUUUCUCCCCAGGCACAAAACCAACUAAGGUGGUGGAGUCAGGGUUUCAAGCCUGAGGUCAGUGUACGGUCUUCCCUCAGUAGCCUUGCGGAUUGCUUCCAGGACACUCAGGACACUAAAAUCCCUGCAUAAAAAGCAUAGUAUUUUUUGUAUUUUAAGUCAUCUCUUCUGCCAUUGGUGGAAUCAGCAGGUGUAAAAUCCUUGGAUACAGAGAGCUGGCUGUACUCCUGCCCCGUCCACUUGGUGGAGCGCUGGUAUGGGCUGUGAAUAGUGGGAUCAGUUGCUUAGGGAGCAGUUCUGGGGGCUCCCAGGCACCUGCAUCUUCUCCCACAUGCCUCAAAGGAGGGCCUCCUGAGGGAGCAUGUCCAAAAGCAUCGAAACUGCCUCUGGGGUCCUACAGUCUUCCUCCUUCUUGGGGCUCAAAGGCCCCAGAGGAGUCCUUGGACAGGAGGGACAAACUUUGGCAUCCCUACCCCUUAAGCCUCACUCUUCAGGCCUCAGUUCCAGAGCAUUCUGUGAAAAGGAAGAACUGAAAAGCGUGGAUAGGUUUAAGUGAGGCCUGGGUGAUUGCUCAAUGAGAACAAAGGUGGGAGGCAAGGUGUUUGGUCUCUGCCUCUCUUGCUUGCCCCCACCUUCCUUGUCUCCUUCCUCCAGUGUACUUGACAAGGCCCCACGGGUUACUCAUUCUAGAGCACUGACUUAGCCCAGUCAGCAGGAGUGAGUGUGUGGCUGAGGCAGGUGGGUUCAGAGGAGGCACAGUCUGGUGGGGGGGUCAGGGCAUGGAUGGACAGAGAGCCCUACUUACCCUUGCCUUGUGGGGGGCCCCAGGCCCUAGGAUAGGCUUCCAGGGAGUUUAAACUGUGGACCCAGCUCAUGAAGGUGGGGCCAGGCAAAGUGUUGGGGUGAGUUCAAAGGGCUGCUGUUGCAGUGAGUGUUUGAGGGGAGAUGGUGCUGCUGAGCCCCAUGCUUUGAUUUUAUCUUCCCUUCCACAGACUCCAAGGAAAAAGACUUCCAAAUGCAUAAGGGCUUAAAAUGCCUUUCUUUUUUUCAUUGUGCAGGGUUGGGAAAGGGUUGCAGUGGUGGCACUGAGCCCUGAAUAAGGAUGAGAAUGCAUCACGGAGAAAGGAAGGUGGCAGGUAAGG